AUGUUGACUGAGGAUGAUGUCGAGAGCGCCCUCUUAGAUGACACUCUGUCACCCCUCCCUCCCCCAGGUCCUAUUGCCCGCCUACCUGCUUUCAGUGAGUCUGAAGAACCAGAGAAGAAAAAGAGGAAGACUGGGGGCGACCACUUCAACCAGCGUUUCAGGAAUAACUUCACCAUGCUGCUGGAGGAGGAGAAUCUCUCAGAGAAACUAGAGCCUACCUGUCAGCGGCGGCCUCGCUUUCCUCGCUACCUUUAUGCCACUUCUGCUGCGUUUGUGGGUUCCCAUCACACUACACCUGCACCACCUGUGGGGGGUGUUACUGCAGCAUGA